UCCUGAAGGCUGGGGCUACAGGUUGGAUGCAUGGGAAUGGGUGGCAUAGAGGUGAUGGCCAUUCCGACUGGCAGCGGGCAGGCGAGGGCCACAAGGAAGCCAGGGGCGGAGGGAGUGACCAAAAGUCGCUGGGCUCCCUCUGGGUUGUAAGGCUUCCCGGUCUCCCUGCCUGCCCUGGGGCUGAGGGUGGUGUUCGUGCCCUGCCUGGCAUCUCUCACUGCACAGCACAUGGGAUCUGGUGUUGGCAUCUGGCUGGGAUUCCCUUGUUACCAAAUCUUGAGCCUCAUUUCUUUAAAACUUUGGAGUGCUAGGCACGGUUGCUCACACCUGCAAUCCCAGCACUUUAGGAGGCUGAGGCAGGUGGAUCGCCUGAGCUCAGGAGUUCGUGACCAGCCUAGUCAACAUGGUGAAACCCCGUCUCUACUAAAAAUACAAAAAUUAGCUGGGUGUGGUGGCAGGUGCCUCUAGUCCCAGCUACUCGGGAGGCUGAGGCAGGAGAAUCCUUGAACCCAGGAGGCGAGGUUGCAGUGAGCUGAGAUCAGGCUGCUGCAUUCCAGCCUGGGUGACAGAGCGAGACUCUGUCUCAAAAAAAGAAAAAACAAAACCAAAAAACUUCGGAGUUUCUGGCCAGGUGCAGUGGCUCAUGACUGUAAUUCCAGCACUUCAGGAGGUUGAGGCAGGCGGAUCACUUGAGGUCAGGAGUUUGAGACCAGCCUGGCCAACAUGGCAAAACCUGGUCUCUACUAAAAAUACAAAAAUUAGCCAGGCACGCUUGUAAUCCCAGCUAUUCAGAAGUCUGAGGCAGGAGAAUCCCUUGAACCUGGGAGGUGGAGGUUGCAGUGAGUUGAGAUGGUGCCACUGCACUGCAGCCUGGGUGAUAGAUCAAGACUGUGUCUCAAAAAUGAACAAACAGGCCGGGCGCGGUGGCUCAAGCCUGUAAUCCCAGCACUUUGGGAGGCCGAGGCGGGCGGAUCACGAGGUCAGGAGAUCGAGACCAUCCUGGCUAACACGGUGAAACCCCGUCUCUACUAAAAAUACAAAAAAUUAGCCGGGUGUGUUGGCGGGCACCUGUAGUCCCAGCUACUCGGGAGGCUGAGGCAGGAGAAUGGCGUGAACCCGGGAGGCGGAGCUUGCAGUGAGCCGAGAUCGCGCCACUGCACUCCAGCCUGGGGCACAGAGCAAGACUCCGUCUCAAAAAAAAAAAAAAAAAAAAAAAAAUGAACAAACAAAACCAACAAAAACUUUGGGUUUUUUUAUCCGUAUAUCAUUCCAAUCUUUUGGAUUUAUCUCUGGAAUAACUGCAAGAGACCAAGCAUUAAGUUGAUGACUUCUGUAUGCCAAGUCCUGUUCUGAGCAUUUAUUAUCUUAAUGAUCAAGGACUCUAUGAAGUUGAUACUACUAUGAUUAUUAUUAUGACUAUUGUUAUUUUUAGAGACAGGGUCUUAGUCUGUCACCCAGGCUGGAGUGCAGUGGCAUGAUCAUAGCUUGCUGUAACCUUGAACUCCUGGGUUCAAGCGAUCCUCCUGCCUCAGCCUCCGAGUAGCUAGGAAUACAGAUGUGUGCUACCAUGCCCAGCUAAUUUUUAUUUUAUUUUUGUAGAGAUGGGGUUUCACUAUGUUGCCCAGGCUGGUCUUGAACUCCUGGGCUCAAGCAGUCCUCCUGCUUCAGUUUCCCAAAUUGCUGGGAUUGUAGGCACGAGCCACCACAGCCAGCCCAAGGUUGAUACUACUGUUUUUUGUUUUUUGUUUUUUCUGAGUAGCUGUUGGACCCACAGCUAGAUCUUCUUAUUUGGCAGAUUAAUAACAUACAGGCAUUACUGGAUCACAAAAUCAUUUUAAAAAUAUUUUGAUAGCUAUUCAAUACUUGUUUCCUCUCUUAUGAAUUUUUUUGUUUUUUAAACAAAGUCUCCCUCUGUCAUCCAGGCUGUAGUACAGUGGCGUGACCUCGGCUCACUGCACUCUCCACCGCUCAGGUUCAAGUGAUUCUCCUGCCUCAGCCUCCAAGUAGCUGGGAUUAUAGGCACCCACCACCAUGCCUGGCUAAUUUUUGUAUUUUUAGUAGAGACUGAGAUUUUGCUAGGCUGGUCUCGAACUCCUGCCCUCAGGUGAUCCACCCACCUCAGCCAACCAAAGUGCUGGGAUUACAGGCAUGAGCCACUGCAUCCAGCCAAUACUACUACUAUUCCCAUUUUACAGAUGAGCACAUGGGCAAAUUGAGGGUAAUUCACUGACCCAUGAUCAGACAGCUGAGAAGUGGCAAAGGCAGGAUUUGAACCCAGAACCUCUGGCUCCACGCACUAGUAAUCUAAACUGCUCUCUCUACAAUACAACGUACAUGGUAAAGACGUGUAGUGGGCACGCAAUCAACGUAGGUCCCUUCACAGUUGCUGGGAGAGGCAGGAAUUCACAGUUCCUCCGCGUUCUCCUCCGCUGCCCACCUGUCCUGGAUCACUCCUGCAGCCCUGCCCUGCCCUGCCUGGUCUCACCCUCCCUCUGCCAACAGAAGUCUGGGCAGGGUUUUAUGGGCUCUGAUAAGGCCCUGGCAGGGCCAAAGUUCAUGAGCCCUUCCUCUUUGCAGGAGGGCCUAGGGGAGGGGACCCAGGUGAUUUGGGUCCUGGCUGGUCACCAGGGAAGCUGGCAAGGGAAGUGAGACUAGGGUGCGCUCUAGGAGAAGCCGACAGCCUGAGAGUCCCAGAAGAGGAGCCCUGUGGACCCUCCCCUGCCAGCCACGCCCUUACCCUGGGUAUAAGAGCCACCACCGCCUGCCAUCUGCCACCAUCUCCCACUCCUGCAGCUCUUCUCACAGGACCAGCCACUAGCACAGCCCCGAGCGAUGGCCUAUGUCCCCGCACCGGGCUACCAGCCCACCUACAACCCGACGCUGCCUUACUACAAGCCCAUCCCGGGUGGGCUCAACGUGGGAAUGUCUGUUUACAUCCAAGGAGUGGCCAGCGAGCACAUGAAUCGGUUCUUCGUGAACUUUGUAGUGGGGCAGGACCCGGGCUCAGACAUCGCCUUUCACUUCAAUCCGCGGUUUGACGGCUGGGACAAGGUGGUCUUCAACACGUUGCAGGGUGGGAAGUGGGGCAGCGAGGAGAGGAAGAGGAGCAUGCCCUUCAAAAAGGGCGCCGCCUUCGAGCUGGUCUUCAUAGUCCUGGCUGAGCACUACAAGGUGGUGGUAAAUGGAAAUCCCUUCUAUGAGUACGGGCACCGGCUUCCCCUACAGAUGGUCACCCACCUGCAGGUGGAUGGGGAUCUGCAACUUCAAUCAAUCAACUUCAUCGGAGGCCAGCCCACCCAGCGCCAGGGACCCCCGAUGAUGCCACCUUACCCUGGUCCCGGACAUUGCCAUCAACAGCUGAGCAGCCUGCCCACCAUGGAAGGACCCCCAACCUUCAACCCGCCUGUGCCAUAUUUCGGGAGGCUGCAAGGAGGGCUCACAGCUCGAAGAACCAUCAUCAUCAAGGGCUAUGUGCCCCCCACAGGCAAGAGCUUUGCCAUCAACUUCAAAGUCAGCUCCUCAGGGGACAUAGCUCUGCACAUUAAUCCCCGCAUGGGCGACGGUACCGUGGUCCGGAACAGCCUUCUGAAUGGCUCGUGGGGAUCCGAGGAGAGGAAGAUCACCCACAACCCAUUUGGUCCCGGACAGUUCUUUGAUCUGUCCAUUCGCUGUGGCUUGGAUCGCUUCAAGGUUUACGCCAAUGGCCAGCACCUCUUUGACUUCGCCCAUCGCCUCUCGGCCUUCCAGAGGGUGGACACAGUGGAAAUCCAGGGUGAUGUCACCUUGUCCUAUGUCCAGAUCUAAUCUAUUCCUGGGGCCAUAACUCAUGGGAAAACAGAAUGAUCCCCUAGGACUCCUUUCUAAGCCCCUAAUAAAAUGUCUGAGGGCAUCUCAUGAGUGUGUGUCUCCAUCUGCUUCCCCGCUACUCUUCCCUUCCUUGGUUCAGUCCUGCACUUCAUCUAUCCCUCAUUCUUCCAGUCAUCUGACCAUCCAUCCUCCCAUCAUCAUAAACCUGAUUAUGCCCCAAGCACUGAUUUAGGGCUCAUUCACUUCUCACAGCAACCCCAAGAGGUAGAAACAAUUAUUACCAUCCUUCUGUAACAGAUGAGGAAACAAAGGAAAAUAAAACAAAUUGCCCAAAUUACACAGUGCAUAAAAGGCAGAAGGAGGAUUCAAAUCCAGCUUGGCUCCCAAAGAUCCGCACACUUAACCACUAUACAACCUGUCGUUCCAUCUAUCCAUGCAUCCAUCUCUCCACUCAUGUAUCCCAAUAUCCAUCAAUCUCUCCAUGUAUCCAACCAAAAGUCCAUCCAACCAUCCAUCAACCAAACAUCCAACCAUCUAGACCUCAUCAAUCCAUCCAUUGAGCUGAUUGUUCAACCAUCCUUUCAUCCAACCCUUUAUCCAUCUACCCAUCCGUUUACCUCUGCACCCAUCAUCUCAUCGUCAAUCUCUCCAAACAUCCAAUCAACCAUAUGUUCACCCAUUCAUCCAAACAUGCAACUGUUCAUCUACUCACCAGUCUGUCUAGCUCUAUCCAGCUGUUUGUCCAUCCAUUCUUUCAUUCAACCUUUUAUCCAUCACCCAUGCAUCUGACCAUCCAUCAUCUUCUCCAUCCAUCCAAACAUCUAACCAUAUACCAGUCUAUCUGUCUAUUCAUUCAGCCAUCCUUACAAAGUCUAACUUUCGUCCAUCCAUUCAUUUCUUCAUCCCUCCAUUUGUCCAUGUAAUUCUCUGCUUUCCAUCACACUCAUCCAUUUGUCCUCCAUAUGCCCAUUCAUCCCUCCAUUCAGCAAUUCAUCACUUUUCCGUCUCUUUCUAUCCAAUUAUCCAUUCAUCUCUUCAUUAUCUAUUUUUUUCCAACCCUUUUCCAACUCAAGCUGGAAAGUUAUCCAUUCAUUUAUCUUUUCAUCUCUCCAUCUGUCCACCCAACCAUGCUGUCAUCAAAUCACUCUUUUGCUGAUUUCAUCAUUCAUUGAUUUCUUGUUUUUAUUUUUGUUUAUUUAUUUUUUUGAGACAGAGUUUUGCUCUUGUCACCCAGGCUGGAGUGCAAUGGUGCGGUCUCAGGUCACUGCAACCUCCACCUCCCCAGUUCAAGCAAUUCUCCUGCCUCAGCCUCCCAAGUAGCUGGAAUUAUAAGCACCCGCCACACACCCAGCUAAUUUUUGUAUUUUUAGUAGAGACAGGGUUUUGCCAUGUUGGCCAGGCUGGUCUUGAACUCCUGACCUCAGGUGGUGCACCUGCCUCCACCU